ACUGUGGUGGCGCCGUUCCACAUUCCGACGGAGUUGAGCUAAUGGAGUGAGAGGGUGGCUGUGUUUUGUCUAUGUAGAAACUUAGAUUUUUGAAUUCGAAUUCAGUUCAUGUGUUGGCGAUGGGGCACUGCAGUAUCACUUCAUCGAAAACGGUGUUGGUCUUUCUGAACCUGAUAUUUUGGGCGGCCGCUGGCAUCCUCUGCUAUGUGGGAGCGUACGUUUUCAUUACGUACGAUGACUACGAUCACUUCUUUGAAGACGUCUACACCCUCAUCCCGGCAGUCGUCAUCAUUGCGGCCGGGGCGCUCCUCUUUAUCAUCGGGCUCAUUGGAUGCUGUGCCACCGUGAGAGAGAGUUACUGUGGACUCACAACGUUUGUCAUCAUUCUGCUGCUGGUUUUCAUGACUGAAGUUGCUGUUGUGGUUCUCGGAUAUGUUUACAGAGCAAAGGUUGAAGAUGACGUGAAUGACUCCAUCCAGAAAGUAUACAACGAGUACAAUGGCACCAACGGCAACGCACAGAGCCGCGCCAUUGACUACCUUCAAAGACAGCUCCAGUGUUGUGGCAUCCACAACUACUCCGACUGGAAGUACACACCCUGGUUUGAAGUGUCAAAAAACAACAGUGUGCCUGUCAGCUGUUGCAAAGCAAAUACUGGUGGAAUCUGCACAGGGUCCCUUGCUCAUCCUGAAGAUCUUUACCAAGAAGGCUGUGAGGCUCUGGUUGUGAAGAAGUUAAAGGAGAUCAUGAUGUAUGUCAUCUGCACUGUGUUGACCUUUGCUGGCAUCCAGAUAUUGGGCAUGUUGUCGGCGUGCGUCGUGCUGUGUCGCAGAAGAAAUGAUCCCGCCUACCAACUCCUCAUCACAGGAGGUACCCAUGCUUAAGACCCAUUGGUAAGAGCCGGGGUGUAAUCUUAUCUCCACACUAACCUUUAAGACACUACACUGACGCUGCAGUUAUAUCCCCACAAAGCUGUAAUCCAAAUUCUUAAAUGGUGGCAAAGAAUGAUUUCAUGAAAGGUGGAAGCAAACCGAACUGUACUGUAUGGAGGAGGACUUGCAGGUUGGGUUCCUCUUGAUUUUGCACUGUGUGUGUCAGAUUGUAAGACCACAAGCUCUAGUACUACUAAUAUUCUACUGUACCGCUCCCUCUUUGGUUGAAGGCUAUCACCAGCUCAUGUUUAUGUCCAAACAUUUACUGUGUAACCUGCUUCUUACUGUAUGCCAACCUCAUUAUCUCUGUACAUAAGUUAGAUUUUAAGUUUCAUGACAUUAUUUAAGUUAACAUGCUCCUCAGGCAUUCUCCUGAUUGUAGUUUUAGAAGUUGAAUUGAAUGUAGUUGUUGGUACCCAUGAAUGUAAAUAAAAUGUAAGGCGAAA